AUGGAGCGGGUUCUGCUGUUGCUAGGCGUGCUGCCUGUGGCGGGAUGCUACAGUUCGGGUUUAGUUGCAGCAAGUUGCGGAGACCUGCGUCCGCGUCACUCCGGCAGCAGCACGCAGCUCAGCCGCGCUCCCUUCACCGUGAGCCCGGACCGCCAGGUGUACGGAGACCAGCAGGAGAUCACAGUCAGGCUCGAGGCUGCAGGUGGGACUCCAUUCAUCGGGUUCAUGUUACAGGCCAGAGAGGUGGGGGGCGGCAUUCCUCCCGGAUCCUUCCGCCCAGCAGGUGAAGAGGCUCGGCUUCUCUCCUGCGCCGGAGCGCCGAGCUCAGCAGUAUCCCACACAUCAGAAUCUCCCAAGACCUCCAUCCAAGUGAUAUGGACCACUGCAGCAUCAGGCAACCCAAAAACCAUCGAGUUCCACGCCUCCUUUGUGCAGGAUUAUGGCACUUUCUGGGUCAAACUGAGAAGUCCUCCACUGAUGUACAGCAACGAGAGUGCUGGCAUGGAUGAUAGGACAUCUGUCACACCUGAGACAUCUGCACCUCCCCCGGCUGCUCAGAUGGUUGCCGGCGGCAGGUGUGGCGUCAGCAAGGUGUGCUUUAGCCAACCUUUGAACUGUGACCCGACGGUCAGCACAGACUGCUAUUUCAUGUCGGCCAGAAGGACCUCUGCAACUGCUACUGCGCUGCAGUUUGAGAUGGCAGGCCCGUCCCAGGGCUACGUUUCCUUUGGAUUCUCUGAUGAUCAGAUAAUGGGAAAUGACGACAUUUACAUCUGUGGCUUGGACAGCCAAGGCAUUGUGCAGUUGCAGCGAGCCUUUUCUGUUGGACGCCAGACUCCGAAAACACUUCCUCUGGGGAACGUUUCUGAUGUGAGAGCUUCUGUGCGGGACGGGAUCAUCAGCUGUUCCUUCACCUCCAAAAACCCAAUCUCAACGCACAGGACUGCUGACUUUAGCAAACCGUACUACUUGAUGUUCGCUCAUGGACCCUCCGGCAAUGGACAAAUUCUCUUUCAUACUGGUACCUUCAUCAGUGACGAGAAAGUGGAUCUCUUAAGGCCUCGACCUCUUGGCAUAGCAAGACCUCCCCAAAUCCUCAAAGCACACGGCGCACUUAUGUUGAUCGCCUGGAUGACCAUGGGGACACUUGGCAUGGUCAUCGCCAGAUAUAUGAAAGGCUUGGCUAAAGGACGCAGCUACUGGGGUAAAGACCUCUGGUUUCUGCUGCAUGUUGCCUUGAUGAGUCUAACAGUGGCAGCCACCAUUACUGCCUUCAUCCUCUCCUUCUCACAUGUCAGGGUCUGGAGUGGGGGAGCUCAUCCUGUUUUAGGAUGCCUGGUGAUGAUUCUGUCCUUCCUCCAGCCCGUCGCUGCUCUAUUCCGCUGUGGACCUCACCUUCACUUAAGAUUUAUCUUCACUUGGUCACAUACUGUGAAUGCAGUGGCAGUAAAGAGUCUUGCUGUGGCGGCCAUAUUCACAGGCCUGAGCUUGAUUGACAGCACAGAGGACAGGUGGCUGUUGAAGGUGAUGGGGGGCUUGGUGGGCUGGGAAGUGGUGUUCUACAUCUGUUUUGAUCUUCACCUGAGAUGGAGGCACAGAGACACAGAUGAUGCUAAAGCUAUAACGCUCGGCUUUGAUUUGAUUCCUUUGGCGGUGUUUUUCCUUGGAGACUUGACCUUUCUGGCUGCGCUGCUAGUCGGGAUCGGGAUGUCGUAG